AUGUCGUCGGUGAUUGAGAUGCCGCAUGCGAGCUCGGUGGGCGCGUCGGCGCCCCACAAGUACAGUGUGAUUCUGCCAACGUACAAUGAGCGGCACAAUUUGCCGAUUAUCGUGUUUCUCCUGUGCCGCAUGUUCCAGGAAAACAACCUCGAAUACGAGAUCGUGAUUGUUGACGACAACUCGCCGGACGGGACACAGACGAUCGCGCGCCAGCUCGCGGCGCUGUAUGGCCCGGAGCGUAUCGUGCUGCGCCCGCGUGCGGGCAAGCUCGGUCUGGGCACCGCCUACAUCCACGGCCUCGAGGCGUGCACGGGCGACUUUGUGGUGAUUAUGGACGCGGACUUUUCGCACCACCCCAAGUUUAUUCCCGACAUGAUCGCACUGCAGCUCGAGACGAACGCCGACAUCGUGCAGGGCACGCGGUACUCGGGCCCGUCGACCGGCGCGGGCGUCUACGGCUGGGACCUCAAGCGGAAGCUUGUGAGCCGCGGUGCCAACGUCCUGGCGACGUUUGUGCUCGACCCGCGUACGACGGAUGUUACGGGAAGCUUCCGCCUGUACAAGCGGCCCGUGAUCCAGACGCUGAUCAGCCAGGUCACGUCCAAGGGCUACGUGUUCCAAAUGGAGAUCCUCGUGCGCGCCAAGGCACUGGGCUACUCGGUGGUCGAGGUGCCGAUUACCUUCUGCGACCGCCUGUACGGCGAGAGCAAGCUCGGCGGCGACGAGAUUGUGAGCUACGCCAAGGGCGUGUGGCAGCUGUUUGUUGGCAUAUAG